GAGUUUGUUUUCCUGGGGCUGUUCCUUACUGAGAUGUCUUUGAAGAUGUAUGGACUGGGGCCAAGGAACUACUUCCACUCUUCAUUCAACUGCUUUGACUUUGGGGUCAUCGUGGGAAGUAUAUUUGAAGUUAUUUGGGCUGCAGUGAAACCAGGAACCUCGUUUGGCAUCAGUGUAUUGAGGGCACUUCGACUGCUGAGGAUUUUCAAAGUAACAAAGUACUGGAAUUCCCUGAGGAAUCUGGUGGUCUCCCUGCUGAACUCCAUGAAGUCCAUCAUCAGUUUGCUUUUCCUGCUGUUCCUGUUCAUCGUGGUCUUUGCUCUGCUGGGGAUGCAGCUCUUUGGAGGACAGUUCAACUUCCAAGACGAAACUCCGACCACGAAUUUCGACACCUUCCCCGCCGCCAUCCUCACCGUGUUCCAGAUCCUGACAGGGGAGGACUGGAAUGCUGUGAUGUACCACGGGAUCGAGUCGCAGGGCGGGGUCCGCUCGGGGAUGUUCUCCUCCAUCUACUUCAUCGUCCUGACGCUGUUUGGGAACUACACCCUCCUGAACGUCUUCCUGGCCAUCGCUGUGGACAACCUGGCAAACGCCCAGGAGCUGACCAAGGACGAGGAGGAGAUGGAGGAAGCCACCAACCAGAAGCUGGCCCUGCAGAAGGCCAAGGAAGUGGCCGAAGUGAGCCCCAUGUCUGCAGCCAACAUUUCCAUAGCAGCUUUUGUAAAGCAAACUCGAGGUACUGUAUCUCGCAGCUCGUCAGUCUCCAGCGUAAAUUCACCCAAGCAGCAGAACUCCUCCAAAUCCAAGUCGGUGUGGGAGCAGAGGACCAGCCAGAUCCGGAUGCACAACUUCCGAGCCAGCUGCGAGGCCCUGUACAACGAGCUGGACCCCGAGGAGCGGGUCCGUUACGCCACCACCCUGCACAUCAGGCCGGACAUGAAGACCCACCUGGACCGGCCGCUGGUGGUGGAGCCCCGGAGCGAAGGCAGGAACAACAUCAACAAGCUGAGCCCCGGGGACGUGCAGGAGGUGCAGGAGCACCCCAAGGGCGGCUCUGCCGACGGGGCAGAAGCUCCGCGGAAGCACCACCGGCACCGGGAUAAGGAGAAACAGGCGGAGCAGGAGAAGGGCGACGCGCCCAAGGAGGAGAGCGCGGAGACCGCGGGCGCCAACAAGGAGGAGAGGCACCGGCAGCACCGGAGCCGCAGCAAGGAGGUGGAAGGCGGGAGCAAGGAAGGGAAGAGCGAGCGGAACAGGGGGCAGGAAGGGGGGAAGAGGCACCACCGGCGGGGCUCGGUGGAGGAGUCGGGGGAGAAGGAGCACCGCAGGCACCGCACGCACCGGCACUCCACCGAGCGCCAGGGCAAGGACGGCAACGGCACCGCCAACGGCGCCCGCGGCGAGCGGCGCUCCCGGCACCGCGGAGGGUCCCGCUCCGGCAACAGGGAUGGGGAGCCCAAGGGGGAGAACGGAGAGGAACCCCACAGGCGGCACAGGCUCAGGAACAGGGCCCUGUCCACCUACGAGUCGGUGGAGAAGGAGAACGGGGAGAAGGAGGCGGAGGCGGGAGAGAAGGAGCACCGGAACCACCAGCCCAAGGAGAACCAGGUUGAGCUGGAGGCCAGUGGCAGUGUGAGUGUCCCCGUGCACACCCUGCCCAGCACGUACCUGCAGAAGGUGCCCGAGCAGCCCGAGGACGCCGACAACCAGAAGAACGUGACGAGGAUGAUCCAACCCCCCCUGGACAAAACCACCACUGUGAACAUCCCCGUCACCAUCACGGCCCCCCCGGGGGAGACCACUGUCAUACCAAUGAACAACGUGGAGUUUGAAAGCAAAACAGAGGAGAAGAAAGACGUUGAUGACCUGACGAAAAAUGGGCCUAAAGCAAUCCUGCCUUACAGCUCCAUGUUCAUCCUGAGCCCCACAAACCCGAUUCGGCGGCUCUUCCACUACAUCGUCAACCUGCGCUACUUCGAGAUGGUCAUCCUGAUAGUCAUCGCCCUCAGCAGCAUUGCCCUGGCUGCAGAAGACCCUGUCCAAGCUGAGUCACCCAGGAAUGAUGUGAGAGAGUUCAUGGAUUUUAUUAAAACUCUUCCUUUUCCUGUGUCUCCUCUCCAGAUGAUCGACCUGGGGCUGUUACUCCACCCUGGCUCCUACUUCCGUGACCUGUGGAACAUCCUGGACUUCAUUGUGGUCAGUGGGGCCUUGGUGGCCUUUGCCUUCUCAGGAACCAAAGGCAAGGACAUCAACACCAUCAAGUCCCUGCGAGUCCUGCGGGUCCUCAGGCCUCUGAAAACCAUCAAGAGGCUGCCAAAGCUAAAGGCUGUCUUUGACUGUGUGGUGAACUCCCUGAAGAACGUCCUCAACAUCCUCAUCGUUUACAUGCUCUUCAUGUUCAUUUUUGCCGUCAUUGCCGUGCAGCUCUUCAAGGGCAGAUUCUUCUACUGCACUGACGAGUCCAAGGAGCUGGAGAAGGACUGCAGGGGUCAGUACCUCGAUUAUGAAAAGAAUGAGGUGGAGGCCCAGCCCAGGGAAUGGAAAAAAUAUGAGUUCCACUAUGACAACGUGCUCUGGGCUCUGCUCACGCUCUUCACCGUGUCCACAGGGGAAGGGUGGCCCACCGUGUUGAAGCACUCGGUGGACGCCACCUACGAGGAGCAGGGUCCCAGCCCUGGCUACAGGAUGGAAAUGUCCAUCUUUUACGUGGUGUAUUUUGUUGUCUUCCCUUUUUUCUUUGUGAACAUCUUUGUGGCUUUAAUCAUCAUCACCUUCCAAGAGCAAGGAGAUAAAGUGAUGUCAGAGUGCAGCCUCGAGAAAAACGAGAGGGCCUGCAUAGACUUUGCCAUAAGUGCCAAGCCCCUGACCCGGUACAUGCCCCAGAACAAGCAAUCCUUCCAGUACAAGAUGUGGAAAUUCGUGGUGUCCCCUCCCUUCGAGUAUUUUAUCAUGGUCAUGAUCGCCCUCAACACCAUCGUCCUCAUGAUGAAGUUCUAUGAUGCUCCAGAAGCAUAUGAAGAAAUGCUGAAAUGCCUGAAUAUUGUGUUUACAUCCAUGUUUUCGAUGGAAUGUGUGCUGAAGAUCAUUGCCUUUGGUGUGCUGAAUUAUUUCCGAGAUGCCUGGAAUGUCUUUGAUUUUGUCACAGUGUUGGGAAGUAUUACUGAUAUUUUAGUAACCGAGAUCGCGGACAACUUCAUCAACCUCAGCUUCCUGAGGCUCUUCAGGGCAGCCAGACUCAUCAAACUCCUCCGCCAGGGCUACACCAUCCGAAUCCUGCUCUGGACAUUCGUGCAGUCCUUUAAGGCCUUGCCUUAUGUGUGUCUCCUCAUUGCAAUGCUCUUCUUCAUCUAUGCCAUUAUUGGCAUGCAGGUAUUUGGGAACAUUGCAUUAGAUGAUGAAACCUCCAUUAAUCGGCACAACAACUUCCGGACCUUCCUCCAAGCCCUGAUGCUUCUGUUCAGGAGUGCCACGGGGGAAGCCUGGCACGAGAUCAUGUUGUCCUGCUUGAGCAACAGAGCCUGUGACCCUCUCUCUGGCCUCACCAAGAAGGAAUGUGGCAGUGAUUUUGCCUAUUUCUACUUUGUGUCCUUCAUCUUCCUCUGCUCCUUCCUGAUGUUGAACCUGUUUGUGGCUGUCAUCAUGGACAACUUUGAAUACCUGACCAGGGACUCCUCCAUCCUGGGCCCUCACCACUUGGAUGAGUUUGUCCGGGUGUGGGCCGAGUACGACCCCGCUGCCUGCGGUCGCAUCAGUUACACAGACAUGUAUGAGAUGCUGAGACACAUGUCCCCACCUCUAGGCCUCGGAAAGAAAUGCCCUGCUCGUGUUGCCUAUAAGCGCCUGGUGAGGAUGAACAUGCCCAUCUCCCCCGAGGACCUGACCGUGCACUUCACAUCCACGCUGAUGGCCCUGAUCAGAACUGCCCUGGAGAUCAAACUGGCCUCAGGUGGAGUUAAACAGCACCAGUGUGAUGCUGAGCUGAGAAAGGAGAUCUCCCUGGUUUGGCCCAACCUGUCCCAGAAGACUCUGGAUUUGCUGGUGCCUCCUCACAAACCUGAUGAAAUGACUGUGGGGAAGGUCUACGCGGCACUGAUGAUAUUUGACUUCUACAAGCAGAAUAAGAACAGCAGGGAACAAGUCCAACCCCCCGGAGGCCUCUGCCAGCCUGGCCCAGUGUCCCUGUUCCACCCCUUGAAGGCCACCCUGGAGCAGACCCAGCCCACAGCGUUCAACAACGCCAAGGCCUUCCUGCGCCAGAAGAGCUCGGCCUCCCUCAACAACGGGGGUGCUCUCCCAGCCCCAGAGGGGGGGAUCAAAGAGUCCAGCUCCUGGGGGACCCAGCGCACCCAGGACGUGUUUUAUGAAACCAGGACCCCGGCUUUUGAGCGAGGCCACUCCGAGGAGAUCCCCAUCGAACGGGUGGUAGAAAUGAGGGAAAUCAGCCCCACAGUUGCCAAUGGAGAGCCCCAGCCAGGCCUGGAGAGCCAGGGCCGGGCGGCCUCCAUGCCACGCCUGGCUGCCGAAACCAAGCCCAUCCCGGACACGAGUCCCAUGAAACGCUCCGUGUCCACGCUGACCCCGCAGCGCCCUCACGCCAUGCACCUCUACGAGUACUCCCUGGAGAGGAUGCCCCCGGAGCAGGGGCACCACCACCACCACCACCGCUGCCACCGCAGGAAAGAGAAGAAGCAGAAGUCCCUGGACAGGGCUGCCCAUCACUUGGCCGAUGGUCAGGCUGCCCAGGCCGGUGAGUCCUCUGGCAAGGACAAGAAGGAGCGCGGGCGGUCCCAGGAGAGGAAGCAGCACUCCUCCUCCUCCUCCGAGAAGCAGCGCUUCUACUCCUGCGACCGCUACGGCAGCCGGGAGCGCUCCCAGACCAAGUCUGCUGAGCAGAGCAGGCCCACCUCCCCCAACGGGGGCCCAGAGCAAGGCCCACACAGACAGGUUUUGGGAGACUUUGAUGAUAACUUGGCAAACAGGAGGCUCAGAGAUCCUGAGCCAGCCUGA